AUGCGGGUGUUUGGUAGUCUAUGCUACGCGCACGUGGCCAAGGCAAAGAGAGCCAAGUUAGACGACUCAGGUGUGCGCUGUUUGCUACUCGGCUACUCUAAACAGCACAAGACCUAUCGACUUCCAAAUGCAAGCACAGGGGAUGUGGUGAUAUCUCGCAGCGCGACUUCCGCCGAGCAUGCGAUAGUAAAAGCAAGCAGAAACAUCACACCCGAUGUGAUCGACUUUUGGAUGACGAAGAUUAUGUACAAGAGCCUACAGACGCAGCAAUGGAUGAUGAAAUUCACACCCCAACACCCGGAAGUCCAAGUGUCACCCAUGUCAAGACGGGACCGACCGAACGACCUUCUGGCUCCGUCCCAACGCGACAAUCGAGUACACCGGGGCGUGACGGUGAACCUGAGCGACAUGUGCGUCCAGUGCGCAAGAAACAGGCGGUUACUCGCUACUAGCAAGAGUUUCCAAACCUGCAGCGCGGUGUAUUUAAUCUCGAUGACUAUGAAGAUGGCUACGACGCACAAUACUGCCUUAGCGCAGAUGAUGACGGCUAGACGACAAGAGGUCGAUCAGGUGAAGUGGAUUUUUCGAAUCAAGCGAGAGCAAUCCGGGGCGAUUGUAAAGUUCAAGGCACGACUCGUGGCUAAGGGAUUCACACAGCGUCCCGGCGUGGACUAUUUCGACACUUUAGAUCCCGUGGCUCGUAAAGAGUCGAUCAAUAUCGCGUUAUCGCUCGCGGCUGAAGAAAAUUUGAAGAUUAAAGAUGUCGAUGUUGACACUGCCUUCCUUUACGUACUAUACGGCACAAAGCAGGCAGCACGCGAAUGGAACAAUCGUCUUAGCCACCACCUCGAAGGACAAGGCUUCAAGAAGGCAGCAGCUGAUCCUUGUGUUUACCUACGCCGAUCGAAGGGUGAAUUUAGUCUCAUGAUCAUUCACGUUGAUGUCUUGAUGAUUUUCAUGCGGACGCAAAAACACAUCGACGACAUCAAGCGUGAACUCAAGAUGGACUGUAGCAUCAAGGGACGGACGGAGCUCGGUGAACUAAAGUACUGCCUUGGUAUUGAACUGAAGCGUGAAAUUAACAGCAAGACAAUUCGGUUGAAUCAACGUGGAUACAUCAAGCGUCUUGCAGAGAAGUAUGGCAUCGACAAAUGCAAGGACGUGCACACGCCGACUAAUGAAGGUUAG